CCACGCCCACAGUUCUUUUUGUUCUCUCCGGCGAAGGAAAUGAGCAGCGAGACGAGCAAGCGAGAUCAUGCACGGGAGCUCCUCGCCGCCGACAGGAAGCUGAUGACCGUGGCCCGUUCGGCGCGACGGCGCCGGCUGGAGCUCCGGCGGCUGGGACGUACGGCGUCCGCGGCCGCGGAGGACGAGGGUGCGAAGCGGGUGCGGCCGGCGCCGGACAGCUCCUCGGACUCGUCUGACUCCGCGAAGGUGGUGCCGGUGGCGUCUAGGUGUUCGGCGUGCGUGUCGCACGGAGCGGUGUCCGUGAUCGGGCGCCGGCGGGAGAUGGAGGACGCGGUGGCCGUCGCCGCGCCGUUCCUGGCCGAGACGGCGGGGGUGGAGGGCAGCGGCGACGUGGAGUACGGGGCAGGGGACGAGGGCUUCUUCGCGGUGUACGACGGGCACGGCGGGUCGCGCGUGGCGGAGGCGUGCCGGCUGCGGAUGCACCUGGUGCUCGCGGAGGAGGUGCGGCUUCGUCGUCUGCGGCCCGGGGGCGAAGGGCAGCGUCAGGCCGAGGACGACGAGGACGGUGCGCGGUGGAAGGAGGCCAUGACGGCCUGCUUCGCCCGGGUGGACGGCGAGGUCGGCGUCGACGACGGGACCGACACCGGCGAGCAGACGGUGGGCUCCACCGCCGUCGUGGCCGUCGUGGGCCCGCGCCGCAUCGUCGUCGCGAACUGCGGCGACUCCCGCGCCGUGCUCUCUCGCGGCGGCGUCCCCGUGCCGCUCUCCUCCGACCACAAGCCAGACCGACCUGACGAAAUGGAAAGAGUAGAAGCAGCUGGUGGCAAGGUCAUUAACUGGAAUGGAUACCGUAUCCUGGGAGUGCUCGCGACUUCGAGGUCAAUCGGAGACUAUUACCUGAAACCAUAUGUGAUAGCGGAACCAGAAGUCACCGUCAUGGACCGGACGGACAAAGACGAGUUCCUCGUACUGGCAAGCGACGGCCUGUGGGAUGUGGUGUCCAAUGACAUCGCCUGCAAGAUCGCGAGAAAUUGCCUAAGUGGGCGCGCGGCCUCCAAGUACCCCGAGUCCGUCGCCGGGAGCACGGCGGCCGACGCCGCGGCGCUGCUGGUGGAGCUCGCCAUGGCACGCGGCAGCAAGGACAACAUCAGCGUCGUUGUCGUCGAGUUGCGGCGACUGAAGAGUAGGACAGCGGCGGUGAUCAAAGAGAACCGCAGGUAGUAGUAGUGAUAAUGUAAGCGUGGGAUAUCAGAUUAUUCGAGCAUGGCGAGAGAGAGAGAGAGAGAGAGAGAGAGAGAUAGAGAGAAAGAAACAAUUUGCGGCUGUUCGCUGGGAUGGUUGUAGUUAGAGGGCUCAGGGACGCUGUGGCCGUGCUGCCGUUGAGUUGAGUGUGCUAUUUGUAGCCGUGCUGCCGUUGUAUUGCGUUGCGUUGGUUCUUUAGUUCUUCUUCUAUAUAUGGUGACUGACGUUCGGGGCGAAGCGGCAAGAAGCAUAAGCUGCUUUCGUCAGUUCUGAUUUGAUCAUUGGUUUUUCCA